GGCGUCCACGCGGGGGCGGCCUCCGUGGUGGCCGGGCCUGGGGACGCGGUAGGCCGAGAACUCCUCCCGGAGAGGUGGUAUGGGUCGAGCGGGCUCGGCGGCCAGCAGACACAGGGCCAGUCUGGGUGCCCCGGAGACCCCCGAGAGCUCAGAGCUGGGGCGGCGCCCCGGGCGGAGGCACAGGGCCGGGCUGGGGGGUACCUCCGGAGGACCGGGGCUCUUCGGAGCCACCCAGCGGGGAUGUGUGGGUGCCUCGGGGCCGACCCCCUGCAGCGGCCGCAGAGGUGUGGGUGUGCUGGGCCGGGGGCAGCUGGGUGUGGCGUGAGUGGGGCCGCCCAGUCGGGGCAACUGCUGCGCAGUCAGAUAGGGUCUGGACUUUGCGUAAAGGAACGGGUGGGAACUGAAGAGGGGAAGUGGGAACUGGGAGGGAGGGAAGGUCUGGGGGUGAGUAAAGGGGCGGGGCCCUGGCUGCUGUGGCCUCCCCUGACCCCCUACCCCCGCUGCUGGGGUCCUCGGCCAAGCCCCCUUCUGUCUGGACUGAAACAUGAGGCUGAGCUGGGUCCUGACAGUACUAUCCAUCUGCCUGAGUGCCCUGGCCACGGCUACGGGGGCAGAAGGCAAACGGAAGCUACAGAUUGGGGUCAAGAAGCGAGUGGACCACUGUCCCAUCAAAUCUAGAAAAGGGGAUGUUCUGCACAUGCACUACACGGGGAAGCUGGAAGAUGGGACAGAGUUUGACAGCAGCCUGCCCCAGAACCAGCCCUUUGUCUUCUCCCUUGGCACAGGCCAGGUCAUCAAGGGCUGGGACCAGGGGCUGCUAGGGAUGUGUGAGGGGGAAAAGCGGAAGCUGGUGAUCCCAUCAGAGCUGGGGUAUGGAGAGCGGGGAGCUCCCCCAAAGAUUCCAGGUGGUGCAACACUGGUGUUCGAGGUGGAGCUGCUCAAAAUCGAGCGACGUUCAGAACUGUAGCCAGACUGGGGAGGGGCAAGGGGAGAGAGGCCCCCAUCAGGGACCAGACUGUUCAAAAAAAAAAAAAAAUACAAAAAACAAAACUCUUUAAAGCCCAA